AUGGUGUGGCCAGAACUCAACUUCACCCCAAGCCUGAUCCUGGACGCGAGCGCCAUCCCAAUCCCGAUCCUGAACCCGAUCCCGAUCGAGAACAUGAGCGAGAGCGCCCCCCUGAGCCUGGCGGUGGUGAUGAACGACACGGAGGCCUUCAUCCAGUUCUACUGCAACUACUCAGCGGGCUCGGAGCCGGCGGUGUUUGUGGGGGCGCAGCAGAGCGAGCCCUACCACGUGGCAGUUCCCAUGACGAUGUUCUAUAGCCUGCUCUUCCUCGCCGGCGUCCUCUUCAACGGCGUCAGUGUGCUCACGCUGCUGGUGGACGCCCGAAUGAAGGCCAGCGCCGUGCAGCUCUACCUGCUCAACCUGGUCAUGGCGGACAUCCUGCAGCUGCUCACCAUCCCUGUCACGCUCUACCGCUACUACUGGGAGAUCUACCCCUGGAGGCUGGGCGGCACGCUCUGCAAGGUCUACUUCAUGAUGCGACAGGUGUACUGUGCCACCACCAGCUGGAUCAUCCUGGGCUUCACGGUGGAGCGCUACCUGGCCAUCUGCCACACCAUGUGGUCCGUGUCCAGCCUGCACCGGAAGGCCCACCUGCCCUGCCUGAUGGCCCUGGUGUGGCUGCUCUCCCUGGCCUCCGCCGUGCCCUUUGCCCUGGUCUACAACCACGACCGAGCCUGCAUCAUGGACUACACCGCGCAGGAGUCUCACAAAUUCUUCCAUGCCUCCACCAUGUGUGAGCUGACCGAGGCUCCUCCGUUCCCGCUGUACAGGACGGCGGUGCUGCUGAAGGCCAUCCUGUGCUUCCUAGUGCCGCUGGUGUGCAUCCUGGUGCUCUACGUGCUCAUCAUCUGCCACCUGCGCAGGAACAGCCGGCAGAGGCAGGCCAUGGGCCUCAACCGCGCCGCAGGCACGCCAGUAGCUACCAGGAGCGGGAGUGCCAAUGCCAGCGGGAGCGUCAACGCCAGUGGCAGUGCAAGCAGAUGUGGGAGUAACACGGGGUCCGGCAUGCAGAACAACAAACUGCUCUUUCAGGAGAGGAGAGCACUAACACUCAUGGGCGCGGUAGUGGUGGCCUUCUUCCUGUGCAACUUCCCCGACGUCGCCUCCUCGCUCAUGCAGGCGUACCGCGACUUCUGGUCCAACCACCUGCUGAGCGUCUACACGGUGCUGAAGACCUACCUGUCGGUGCCGCUGUGGUACGUCAACAGCGCGCUGGACCCCGUCAUCUUCUGCAUCUCCUCCAGCACCUUCCGCAGGGCCUGCUGGAUGACCUUGAGGAGCCUGAAGGUCAACUGCUGCUGCUGCUGUUGCUGCUGCUGGUGCCCCAGGCUGUGGUGCCUCCGCCGCAAAGGGAGCGGGACUGGAUCCGGGUCUGUGUGCGGGUCCGGGUCUAGGGCACACAUGAUGGUGUUGACCAGCCGCCUCAGCCAGACCACCGGAACCGGUUGA